CAGGAGGAUGGUGGUGCUCGGAGCGCUCUUCCGCGGGACACUCACACGUCGUGUCAACUUCGACUUCGGCCGCGUCAUUACGAUGUGGACAGCUUCCGACUCUGACAUGCUGCCCGAACGCCUGAGUAUGGCGGACAGCCUGUGCAACGGGCAGGACGCGGGGUACGAUGCGUCGGUGCGGAACAUGAUGUACCUUGCGGGCGUGCAGGUCGUGCAGGGCAUCACGGGCGAGUGGGAGAACAUGUAUGCAAAGGGUAUAGAGCCGCAGAACAUCGGCACGCUUGGCUGUAACCCGCCGUUCGGAUUGGGCACCCACUGGUGUUUCAGGCUCUGAGAUAGCCGCGAUCUGGUGCCAUCGUAUGGUGCCGGACAACUGUGGAUCGCAGUGGACUUAUCUGCUCAUUCGAUUCGCUGUCCACCGGACUCUACCGGAAUACACCAAACCUUGCCGCUUCUGAGCGUACUGCUGCAUGAACGCGUCUCGGGUGCUCUGCACAUAAUCGGCAGUGCUCGAUAGACCUCGCCCGGUCUCUUUCUGUCCUCAGCCGUUCGGGGAAAUUGUUGAGCCCGCGAGAGCACAUAGGCGUCCUAUUUCUCUUACAAUGAGUAUCUCAUUCGCGGAGAGGACUUGCACGACUCGGACAAUGUGGAGGAUAAAUAAGAGCCUUGGACUCUCGCGACUAUUCGGUUGCCAAACACAACGCGUCAUCGCAGUUUGCACCGCUUGAAGCUCUCGCAUUGAAGGACACGUCGCGUCACCUUGCGCCAAUCUAAUCCUGCCUCGCGUGUUCGCUAGGCAUCCACCUCGUACGCAAAGUCGUGACUCAGUGCAUUGAAAUCUCAACAUCUUACACCCUUCCUACGUGCGUGGAGCAAUACAGCUCACAGCUCAAGCUGGUGUACCCAAUUCGCUGAUCUCCGUGAGAUUCCGUACUCUGCUUUUUCCAGCGACUAGUGGUAGCCUUGGAGGCGUCUGCGAUCUGGAGACACCGGACCCCGCUGUGACGGCUCAUCGCAUGCGCCAAACGCGAACAUGGUGCUGUGGGCUACACUUAGAGCCAUCACAGCGAAGACCCAGGUCUCUAGUUCACAACGUUAGAAGGAUAGACGAACUACACAUAGCUAGCUCUGUAUCUCCACCGCGCGCUGCCGGUCCUACCGGUCCUGGAUAUCGCGCUCUGGGAUACCAAAGAUUCGCGCUACAACGCCCCCAUUCACCAGCCCCUCAGGAGGCGCGUACACGAAAGUGUCAAGGUCUACAGCUAGAUUGGGGGCGACAAGCCCAUAGAUGUCGUAUCUGGAAGUCAUGAGCGCCGUGCAUGUGAACUGAUCGCCGUCAAGAUGGACGACACCACGGGCUGGAACCAGGCAAACUCUUGUGCGCUCAUUCGCUAUAUGUCGUCGAGCACAUAAGGGAGUUCAAGGCGUACGCCUGUAUGCGGGGACGGUUCACGAUCAAGAGCGCAUAAGGGGACGUCAGAGAAGCUGGCAAAGGU